UACCAACACACGUGACGUCAUCAGACCGCGACAAACCGUACGUUGAUGAAAUCGCAUGUAACGUCGAUGUGAGCUUUACCUGAAAUGUCGGUUUUACGUAAAUGUUUUGAUAGUUUACGUUCACCGGCUUCUUUGAGGACGACGCCGGCAGUCAGCCGGUUGUUUCGGUGUUUGUCUCGCGGUCGGUCAGACCCGGUGCUCGGCUCCCGUCCUGCACGAGCCCGGAGGUCGGGGCUUCUUCUCUCCUGUGCGGACCAACAGCCUCGUGCUUUUCAUACCGUGUUACCUGCCGACAGGUGUGCAGCUCGUCCGAGUGUGAGAGGAUUCUCAACUUGUCAGAGUUGCAGAAGCGACGCUGUUGGAAAGAUCCAGGCGACACAUUAUCAGCUCGUGUACACGUGCAAGGUUUGCUCUACCCGGUCCACGCAGAAGAUAUCUAAGCAGGCUUAUCACAAAGGUGUUGUGAUCGUGACAUGUUCAGGAUGUAAGAAUCACCACAUCAUCGCUGAUAACCUCCGCUGGUUCUCCGACCUGGAAGGGAAGAGAAACAUCGAGGAGAUCCUUGCUGCCAAAGGAGAGACUGUGAAGAGGUUUGAAGGAGGAGAUGCUUGGGAGAUCGUGGUGGAUGAAGACAACACAGAGAACUCAGGCGACCCAGAAAAACAAUAACUCUGAGUUAAUGCAGUAAAUGUAUAUUGUGAGAUGUUAAUAUUUUAUUCCAUAAUAAACACAUGUUUUUUAAUUGCUAA